CUGACAAUGAAAUGAAAUAAACCAGUACAUUUCAAAGUCUAUAUUUAUUGUAUCUAUUGUAUAUUUAUUGAGUACUUAUUUAUCGAUUUAUCUUUCUCAAUGCCCGCGUGUAUCCAUCCUUCUGCGAUCCUCAUCAUCUUCUUUCCUUCCCUCCUUCCUUUUUGGGGUUGACUCUACCUCUCUUCCAUCCUCAUUUCUAUCUCUCUCUCUCCCUCCUCUCUCUAUCUACUCUAACCAACACAUCAUCAAGAUGACACCCAAUCCCACCUCCUCCUCUCCACCCUCAAACCAAAAUCUCACCUCCCGAAACAUCUCACCACCAACUACAGCAAUCCCAAACCCAACAGUCAAACCCGCCUACCCGGCACCUCGAAACCGCUCUCUCGCACUAAGCGAUAGCGAAAUCAGCGUCCUCGAUCUCGGCCCCAGUCUUACUGCCAAUACGCAAAGCCAAAGCCAGAGCCCGCAGAGCGAACAACAGAAGGAGACGGGGAAGAAGCAUGACUAUGACUACGGCUAUGACUAUCGAUACGGGGAUGGAAUGGGUGAUGACGGUGCUUGGAUGAGGGCUGAGCCGGUUACUGUCAACUUCAUGACGAUUUGUGAUCUGCGUGAUGGCAACUCGAGGACUGCCGAUGGCGAGGGAAAUGAGAAUGAGCAGGGGGGAAAGGAUGCUGGGCGUGUGUCGGCGCCAGUCAAGACUUCGAAAGGGUUCCUGCAUCGAUCGAAGAUUCCGUUCGCGGUUUCGGAUAAGAAUUCGCUUUGAAGUGGGGGUUUACUUUUCAAGGUGUGUCGAUGUCAACGCUGGUACUGUGCAUCAUCUGUCUGACUUGUGCUGGUUCUAAUGGGUGAGAUCGAGCAGAGAUCUGAAGCACAGCCAUCUCGAGUUUCAUUCCACCAGCAAGCGUACGUGGGAGAAUAUCCGACAAUGACCGGCUAGAUGAUGGUUACAUGGACAGAAUGAUUCAAUAUUGACUCUCUUUCCUUCUGUUUUCAAUGAUAGUACAUGUUUAGUUAGAGCCGGAGACUAAGUCUCCAAUUCAGUCAGUGACAUGACCAGGCCGGUAAGUUUAGCCGUAUAUCAGGCCCAGGUCUUUUCUCGAUGUAUUCAAGUAGGUGUCAGCAACAUAUACUGGAGCUCGAAACCCAAAUAAGUAGUAGAUUGUAUGUCUGAUUUAUCA